AUGUCUCGAUUUUUCCGUGGUGGAGAGGACAGCUCCAGUGACAGCUCCUCUGAUGAGGAAGAGCUCUACUCCGAGGAGGAGCAAGAGCAGGAUCUCGGCCAGAAUGAUUCCGACGACUCCGACGACAUGGACGACUCUGAUAUGAGUGACGAACAGACCUCAAGCGACGAUGAAGCCGGUGGUGCCAACCGUUUCUUGAGGGAUGCCGCUUCAGACAGCGACAGUGAAGAGGAGGAAGUCCGAGCCAAAGUGAAGAGUGCCAAGGACAAACAGCGCGAUGAACUCGACGCCUCCAUCAAGCAGAUUGAGAACGGCCAGAAGAACGGUGACUGGACAUUAAUCUCUGCUGAAUUCGACAAACUCAGCAGACAGGUUGUCCGCAUGCAAGAUGGCGGCAAGACCCCUAAGCCUUAUAUCCGAAUCGUCGCCGAGCUGGAGGAUUUCAUGAACGAGGCUUUGGCCAAGGCAAAAGUUACACCCAAGAAGAUGAACGCCAUCCAGGCCCGUAACCUGAAUGCCGUCAAGCAAAAGAUCAAGAAGACCAGCAAGGAGUACCAGACUGAGGUGAAUGCCUACAGAGAAGACAAGGAUGGCUUCAUGGAGUCCGAAGAUGAGGAGCCUGAGCCAGUCAAGCCGAAGAAGGUUGCCAGAUUUCAGGAGGAGACCGCGCAACCCGAAGAAGUUGGCGACGAUGGCUUUGCUACCGUUGGCAAGGGUGGUCGUACUCUCCAGUAUACCCCAGAGAGUAUCUUCAAACACCUGCGUGGCAUUAUGGAAACUCGUGGCAAGAAGAACACCGAUCGUGUUGAGCAGAUCAAGGUGAUGGAGAAGCUCGGCGAGAUUGCCAACACUCCCUACCAGCAGAUUCGGGUUCUGCUCGCUAUCGUGUCUGCCAGAUUCGAUUUGAGCGCUGGUACAUCCAAUGUGAUGCCUUUGGAACACUGGAAGGCUGCAGAAAAGGAGCUGUCUACUCUUCUAACUGUUCUUGAGAACAACAAGGACUACGUCGUUGUUGAGAAUGUUGAGGAGUGGGGUGAUGAUGAGAAGCCCCCUGCUCUUCAGCCUGGCGAGAAAUAUAUCAAGGUUGCUGGCAGCAUCGUCUCAUAUGUUGAGAGAUUGGAUGACGAGCUCGUCCGAUCCCUCCAAAGCAUUGAUCCUCAUACUUCUGAGUACAUUGAACGUCUCCAAGAUGAGGGUGCCCUAUACAACAUCAUCGUCCGCGGCCAACUGUACUAUGAGUACUUGCGCAAGGACCCUGCCCUCGAGAUCCCCCAAGACAGCGUGAAUAGAAUCGUCAUGAGACGACUGGAGCAUGUCUACUUCAAGGUUAGUCAUGGUCUCUUGAGGGCCCAGCCUUUUGUUUUUCCUUCCUUUCUUAUCGAAAGCAACGCACUGACACAUCUGCAGCCUGCCCAAGUCAUCAAGACAUUCGAGGAGAACUGCUGGAAGGCUGCUGGUGACAAGGUCGACUCUGUCAUCACCCCCCGCAGCCAAUCCAGUGACGCCAACAAUUUGGUCAACGUUCUUUGCAACUACCUGUUCAGCAACAGUGACGGCAUCAUCCGUGCCCGAGCCAUGUUAUGCCAGGUCUACUUCCUCGCACUGCAUGGCGAGUACUACAAUGCCCGCGACAUGAUGCUCAUGUCCCACUUGCAGGACACCAUUCCCAACUUCGACGUCCUAACCCAGAUUCUUUACAACCGAACUCUGGUCCAGGUUGGUCUGUGCGCCUUCCGCAAAGGACUCGUUUAUGACGCCCAGAACACCCUUCAGGAGAUUUGUGGCAGCGGUCGCCAGAAGGAGCUGCUGGCUCAAGGUGUAAUGAUGCAGAGAUACAGCCAAGUGUCGCCUGAACAGGAGCGUCUAGAGAAGCAGCGCCAGCUACCGUUCCACAUGCACAUUAACCUCGAACUUCUCGAGUGUGUGUACUUGACCUGCAGCAUGCUUCUAGAGAUUCCCCUGCUAGCCCAGACUGGAUCUUCACCCGACGUCAAGAAACGUGUCAUCAGCAAGACCUACAGACGCAUGCUCGAGUACCACGAGAGACAAAUUUUCACCGGCCCCCCUGAGAACACGAGAGACCACGUCAUGCAAGCCUCCAAGGCUCUUGCUGCUGGCGAGUGGAAGAAGUCAACCACUUUCAUCCACAGCAUCAAGAUUUGGGAGCUGAUGCCCAACGCCGAGGAUAUCAAGGCUAUGCUUUCCAAGCAGAUCCAGGAAGAAGGCCUUCGUACCUACCUGUUCACAUACGCCCCCUUCUACGACACUCUCGCUCUCGACACUGUAAGCGCCAUGUUUGAGCUGGACAUUGCCAAGGUCGCCGCCAUUGUCAGCAAAAUGAUCAGCCAUGAGGAGUUGGCCGCUUCUCUCGACCAGGUCACCAACAAUGUCAUCUUCCGCAAGGGCGUCGAGCUUAGCCGCCUGCAAUCCUUGGCUCUCACACUGUCCGACAAGGCCAGCGCGCUUAUCGAGACCAACGAACGAACUCUGGAGCAGCGGACUCAAGGCACAUCCAACGCCUUCGAGCGGCAAGGAGGCCGAGGCCGUGGUGGCCAGCGGGGCGGCCAACGCUCUGGGCGCGGUGGUGCCCGCACCGGUGGCAACACUCAGAGGCAAGCUGGCGGCACUCAGUUUACCGGUGGUGCUUUGGGAGCUGCUGUUCGGGGUUGA